ACGACUGGGAGUUACCUCAGCGCUUUCCGAGAUAUGAGAUCGGGCCAUUUUCCAGACUGUCCCCUUGCUUAAUAAAAGAAGAAAAUCACAAAAAAGAAAGAAAGAAAAAAUCAAAGCAGGAAAAAGACAAGAAACACGGCCAGUCUUUGGAAAGGUCGUCCCGAAAAGCAGCACAUUAGCACCUUUCUGCAGGCGGAUCAGUCGGAGAAUCUGCGGUGUGCAUGCACAGCGUCUCACCGCCUCGUGCGCGCGCGCGUGUGUGUGUUUACAAGUGUCUGAACGAGUGCCAGAAACGAGGGAAGAAGGAGGAUAAAGCCAAGGAAGGAGGGAUGGUGGACAAUUCCAGCAGUAGUAAGGCACAAACGCCCAGCAUGUCUCAGGAGCCCAGUGUGGCCUUUCCACAAAGCAGCUCCUCUGGGGGAAUGAAGCUUGAAGCAGUGAUGGAGCAGCUCCAGCGCCAACAGCAGGCCCGACUUGAAAUGGAGCGCAAGGAGAGGAAGCUACGAGAGGCCCACAUCAUGUAUGCUCAGCAGGUUGCUGCCCAGCAGGCCAUUCUGGCAGCAGCCCGGGCAUCCGGUGCAAACUUCAUGGGCAAAGGUCUGGCUGGAGGUGUUCCUGGUAGUGGCUUGCCUCCCCGGGUAUCCAAUCAGAGCAGUGUAGACUCAGAAAGAGAGGAUGAUGAAGACAGAGGUCGGGAUUCAGGGGAUGAGGAUGAUGACAAUGAGAUGAUGGAGGGGGAUGAGGGAAGUGAGGAGGAUGAGGGAAGUGCCAGUGGGCUGGAGUUCCUCCGCAAGCAGACCCUUGCUUUGCAGCAGAAUGCUUCCCGCAUCCCAGCCCGUCCACUGGCGAGUUACUCUGCGUCGGCUCCCCAGAGGUCUGCAUCCCCACCUGUUAGAGUGAAGCAGGAGCCUGACGAAGGUCUGUCUCCUGCAGGACCCAAUUCUGCUACCUCUCCUAACGGACAAGCCGACUGGGGCUUUGAUGACCACUUUAGACAGAAUGGCAGUGCGGGAUGGACUGAUGAGGCUGACAGUAGCAGAGGAAGAGGAGAAGCCUCCCGAGAUUUUGCUAAGCUGUAUGAGCUGGACAGUGAUCCCAAAAGGAAGGAGUUUUUGGAUGAUCUCUUUACCUUCAUGCAGAAACGAGGAACCCCGGUCAAUCGUAUCCCCAUCAUGGCCAAGCAAGUCCUGGAUCUGUAUAUGCUUUACAAGCUGGUGACAGAGAAGGGAGGCCUUGUGGAGGUUAUCAACAAGAAGAUCUGGAGAGAAAUCACAAAGGGACUCAACCUGCCUACAUCCAUCACCAGCGCUGCUUUCACUCUGCGCACACAGUACAUGAAAUACCUGUACCCAUAUGAGUGUGAGAGGAAAGGCCUCAGCUCCCCAGGCGAGCUGCAGGCAGCCAUAGACAGUAACCGACGCGAAGGUCGUCGUCCGAGCUACAGCAGCAGCCUCUUCCGCUUCUCUCCCUCUCCCAGCACAGCUCCCCACAUCCUCUCACCUCCCAAGAUGCACCUUCCAGGUCUGGGUGCAGGGACCUCAGUGGCCCUUAACGGCCUGCAAGCCUCACCAGGGUCCUCUAUGAAGAAAGGUAUGCGCUUUCAAGGUGAUCCUCGUCUGUCUCUUCCAGACGACCUGACCCCUUCAAUCAUGGCAGCGAGGCCUCCCAUAGCGCUGUCAUUGGGACAGCAGCAGGUUGCUGGCUUGGCAAGAGCCGCCACACUGGAGCAGCUCAGAGAAAAGCUGGAGACCAGCGGUGGAGGAGAGGGGCCAGAUAGAAAGAUGGCCCGCCUGGCAGAGGAGCAGCAGCGUCUGAUGCAGCAGGCUUUCCAGCAUAACCUCCUGGCUAUGGCUUCCCAAAUGCCCAUGAACCUGCGCUUGGGAGCUCCUACCAUCACCACCAGAGAUGAGAAGCAGCAGGACAUGUCUCUGAGCAUCUCAACCAGUGGAAAUGCCAGCAUCACUGUGUCAGUGGAAGUUAAUGGCACAAUCUACUCAGGAACCCUGUUUGCCCAGAAGUCUGCUGGGGCCCCAGGACCCGCUAUGUCGGCUGCUGCUGCUGCUGUGGCUUCAGCCUCCCCUGCUGGAACCAGCACUAGCUUUGGCUUCUCUGCCCCCCAGGUUCAGACCCUCAGCCCCACAUCCUCUUCCUCUUCCAAGGGUCCAAGCUCAGCUGAGCCGGCCCCCAGCGGGUCACCCUAACUGAAGCCUCCCUUUUCGUUCCUGCGCCCCAGGCCUCUGCUCUUCUAAGAGGCCCCCAGCAUGAAUAUACAGUACAAUGAGAAACCGAUAAGAAUAACAAACUGUUGCACAACAAAUACCUCAUCAACCCUGUCAACCUCUUGGCUGUCCAAUCAUGAACAUAGAGCCCGAGAAUAUUAUAUGACGACACAUGCCCAAACGCACUGCUAUGCAUCUCAUCCAACACACACACGCACACACACAUUAUCAAAAAUACAUUCACACGACCACAAACACACUACACACUCAUACACAUGAUAAUCCUAGUGUACAUGCUAAACACAAUCAGCUCAGCCAAACCCAAUGACAGGUGUAUUCACAACUGAACUUGAAAAGUUUUAUCUUAGGACAUUUUGUUUGUUUGUUGCCAUUUUGUUGUCUUUUUGAUUUUGUGUUUUAGAAUGAUUUUAAGUUGUUUUUUUUCUCUCUCUCUCUUUUACAUACCUCAAAUCAAGUAACCUGCAGUGGUGUCUUUACCUCAGGAGCUGUAGUAUAUUUAACCUGAAUCAGCUUUAUUUUUGUAUUCUUUUUGACGUAGUUGCAAUCAGGGGAAGCCGGGUAACUCUCACCAAUGGAACCUCACGUACAGAGCACCCACCUCACAGCAAUAGGCCUCCAACCCAGGCCACUCAGGUUUAUUUAACUCACUGUAGCAUCUUAAUGAACUCAAGCUUGGUGAAUGAUUAGAUGCUGUAGAUCAGCAUAUUCAAUACCUCAUUUCAUAACUGCCUUCAGUUAGGAUCAGGUGGAGUCCAUUUCAAAGGUUGGAUGUACAAUUCAGUUACUUGCAGGUCUGCACAAGCUGUUUUUAAAGGACUAGCGCACAAAGCAGAGGGAGGGAGGGAAAAGGGGGGGUAACAGCAACUCUCAUUCACUAACAACCAGCCCAGUAGACCCCCAAGCCCACAGCUCCACCCUCAGAGGUACGGAGAGAUGAUACUGAGGCAUUACAAGCCACAACUACAGAAUCUAAAUGCAAAUUUGAGCCUGUUGUCCCCCGUUUUGCUUGGGUCCUUCUUCCAGCUACAGUUGCUGCGCUGAAUGUUGAGUAGGAUGGCGUCAUCAUCAGUACAUAAUUGUCAGACCUCAUACUGGCGUCUGGAGGGCGUCUCUCUCAGGAAGCAAACUGCAAGGAAUCACUGCUAAUUUAAAGAGGAUUCACAUGUGAAGAAUGCACAAGACUACAUGACUGUUUCAAGAAUACCUCAUCGGACUCUCUAAAAGGGGGAGCUACACUACAUUACCUCGGCCGCAAAGCCAUUGAACUUGGCGCCACAAAUCCUGCCUGAACUGACACUGACAUGGACAGACUGACACACUGCGGGUGUUUUUUUUGGGGGGGGGACAAACAGUUGGGAGUGGCUUGUUAUCUUUCACCUGUAUUU